AUGUCGAUCAUCUUCUCGACUUUUCUUCUGUUCUUCACCAUUAUGACAACAUCAGCUGCUUCAUCAUCUCUUCCUCCAGACGAAUUGAAUGCGCUAAAGGAGAUAGCUACUACCCUCGGUUUCAAGAGAUUUAAACUAAGUGAUGGAGAUUGUCGUUUACAACCUCUUAAGAUCAUACAAGAAGAAGAAACUAAUGUUGUUUCGUCGAAUUCCGAGAUGAAAAACAACAUUGUCUGUAAUUGUAGCCUCGACAGGAACAUGACUUGUCAUAUUACAGAGCUAGAAUUCAAGACCCUCAGCCUUCCAGGAAAACUUCCACCCGAGUUGGCCAAGCUGCAAUAUCUCCAGAAGAUAGACUUGUGCAGAAAUCACCUUUCGGGCACAAUCCCAAUGGAAUGGGCUUUACUGCCAAACCUCACUUCCAUCUCGCUCUGUGCCAAUAAUCUGUCUGGGAAAUUACCAAUUGGAUUACAGAACUUCAAGAAUCUGACAUUCCUAGGGAUUGAAGCCAACCAGUUCUCUGGUUCGAUUCCUGAUGAGCUUGGUAACUUGACCAGCCUAACAGGAUUGCAAUUUGGGUCCAAUCAGUUUACAGGAAACUUGCCUAGCUCUUUAGCUAGACUGGUAAAACUCGAGGACUUUAGGGUAAGUGACAAUAACUUAAAUGGUACAAUCCCGGGAUAUAUUGGGAACUGGCUUCGCCUUGAAAACCUACAUCUGUAUGCAAGUGGAUUGAAAGGACCUAUUCCUGAUGCAGUGGCUGGCCUAGAAAAUCUCAAAGAACUGCGUAUAAGUGAUACAACAGGGAUAAACUCCUUUACGAGUAUAUCUAGCAAAGUCAUCAAACACUUGACAUUGAGGAAUGUGGGUUUGUCUGGUCCAAUUCCUGCUUACAUCUGGAAAAUGCCAAACCUAAAGACUCUUGAUUUAUCAUUUAACAAUUUGACUGGUGAAGUUCAAGGAGUACAAAACGGAUACCAAUUUACCUAUUUGACUGGCAAUAUGCUUUCUGGAAACAUUGAACCUGGUGCUUUACUCAACAGCAAAUUUAAUAUUGAUCUCUCUUACAAUAAUUUCUCAUUGUCGGCUAGCUGCCAGGGAAAGAGUUACAUUAACACAUACAAUAGCUCAUAUUUGAAGAAAAAUCUAACUGGGCUUCUUCCAUGUGCUGGUCUAAUCAAAUGCACGAACUAUGAGCGAUGGCUACAUAUAAACUGUGGUGGAGAACGUGUAACUAUUACAAACUCCUGGGGUAAAAUAACAUAUCAAGCUGAUCACAAUGAAACCAACGCUGCAACAAAUCAGCAGUUGGAACACUGGGGAAUCAGUAACACAGGUGACUUUACCGACAAUGCAAACACUCAUGAUAUGUACUUUGUUUCAGCAGCACCUGGAGAUCUUUAUGACCUUGAUAAGAAUAUACGUCGAUCUGGAGUUUCUCCUGAUCUUUAUAAGACUGCACGUCGAUCUGCUAUCUCUCUAACUUAUUAUGCAUUCUGCUUGAAAAAUGGACUCUACAAUGUAACACUCCAUUUUAUGGAGAUCCAGUUUCCAGAAAGAGAAUUAUACAGUCAUGUCGGUAAGCGCAUUUUUGAUGUCUAUGUUCAGGGAGUAUUGUUCUUGAAGGAUUUUAACAUUAAAGAGAAGGCUAAUGGGACUCUGACGCCUGUUGUGAUAAAGAAAGAUGUUAAUGUGACCGAUCAUACAUUAGAGAUUCGGUUGUAUUGGGCAGGGAAAGGGACAACACUCAUUCCCAGCAGAGGAAAUUAUGGUCCUCUUAUCUCUGCAAUCUCUUUGUGUCAUAGUAAGGAUCCUUCUCCUCGUACGGAGAAAAUAGAACAUCACACUAAGUAUCCUCUAAUUUUUGGGGUAAUGGGUGCCUUGGUAACAGUUACUCUCUUGGCUUUGGGAUUAUAUGUUCAUAGAAAAUGCAGAGGAGACAAGAACACGAGAGAAAGAGACCUGAGACGGAGUUUGCAAACGGUUUGCUUUACUUGGAGGCAACUGCAAACUGCAACAAAUAAUUUUGAUCAAGCCAACAAACUUGGAGAAGGAGGCUUCGGAUCUGUAUUCAAGGGAGAGCUGCCUGAUGGAACUAUCAUAGCAGUCAAGCAGCUAUCUUCCAAAUCAUGCCAAGGCAACCGCGAAUUUGUGAACGAGAUAGGCAUGAUUUCAGGUCUGAAUCAUCCAAACCUUGUGAAGCUUUAUGGAUGCUGUGUCGAGAAGAAUCAGUUGCUGCUCGUGUAUGAGUACAUGGAAAAUAACUCCCUUGCUCUUGCACUUGAUGGAAAGAGUUCCCCAAAAUUGGACUGGGUUGCGAGACAAAAAAUCUGUGUUGGAAUCGCAAGAGGGCUUGAAUUCCUUCACGAAGGAUCACUGAUCAGGAUGGUUCACCGUGACAUAAAAACCACUAAUGUGCUACUAGAUGCUGACCUUAAUGCAAAGAUAUCUGACUUUGGAUUGGCUAGGCUCCAUGAAGCAGAGAACACUCACAUUAGCACCAAAAUUGCAGGAACCAUCGGAUAUAUGGCUCCGGAAUAUGCAUUAUGGGGUCACUUGACAGAGAAAGCAGAUGUGUACAGCUUCGGGGUUGUGGCAAUGGAAAUUGUUAGCGGGAGGAGUAAUACAAAACAUAACGGAAGUGUUGAUCACGUCUCGCUUAUUAAUUGGGCGCUAAAGCUGCAACAGACAGGGGACAUAAUAGAGAUCGUAGAUCCAGUCCUCGAAGGUGAUUUCAACAGCAAAGAAGCAGUAAGGAUGAUCAAAGUUGGUCUCGUUUGCACAAACUCAUCUCCUACCUUAAGGCCGACAAUGUCAGAGGUUGUGCAAAUGCUCGAGGGAGAGCUGGAUAUAACACAGGUUAUGUCAGAUCCUGGUUUAUAUGGACACAACUUGAGCAUUUCAAAGCUAAGAGACAUUGAUACACAUGGUAGCUCGAGCACGUCUGGUAUGACCGAUCAAACGACAACAACAAUAAAUUCCUCUGUUUCUGGUUGUGAUCUCUACCCGUUAUAUCCAGAAUCCAUGAUCCAUACUCCACGGUAA